AUGUUUCUCUUCGGCAAGUCGCUGGCCGGCGCCGGUUACGUCGUGCUCAACACGAUUCGAGUUAUGAAUAUCAUCGCCCUCCUCGCUGUUAUCGCCGCAAGUUCAGUCAUGCUGGUCAAGACUUUUAUCGUCUCCAAAUUCUUCUUCUUUGACGCCUGUGAGCAUGUCAUUCGAAGCGUAAUCAGUGGAUUUCUCAUACUCACUGAACUUCCUCUCUUCAAAUCCUACAUUUCUCGGAACUGGCCGCUCUUCAGUGCUCGAUCCAGCUUUGUCAUGCUCGGGGUUUCGAUGGUCUUUCUCGGAAACGGCAUACUGGGAAAUCUGAACAAAGAAGCAACAAGUCAGAAGAGUCUGGGUCUACCAUUCUGGCGCCUUGUGAUUGCUUCGGGGAUCAUAGUACUUGUGAUGGGAUCGAUCAAUGUCCUGGCAAGCUACGUUUUUAGCGACAGCAGAGCGCAUCUUACAGCUCGACAAGUCCGAUCUCAUGGUGCAGUGGCAUCUCACAAAGCUGAUGUGGAAGCCUCCACGCCCAAACCACCCAGUCGACGCAGUCACUACCGAUCCUUCUUCCUCGGCAGCAAACGCGACUCACUUCCUUCUUACUACUCUCGCAAACAUACCGAACGCAGCGACAUGGCUCAGACACCGAAGAUGCACCUUGCUAUUUCGAGUCCCUUCACCCCAGGCCAGCCUCUCACCAAGACGGCACAGAGUCCAGGAGCAGCGAGCUCAAAGUACAGCCAGAGUCCGAGCAGUGAGCGACACGUUGCAAGCCCCGAGCUCAACAGACCGGAUUUGGCACAUCAUCCUGCCAUCAUACACGGACAGGCUCUUUAG